AUGGCGCACCCCUCCGACUCUGACCUCGAAAAACCCGGCGCCCUCGCGCUCGAGCACGGAAAUGCGACCCCAACCGGCUCGCUAGGCGAGAAAGGCGUGGGCGCAAUGGUCGCACCGCAAUUCUCCCCGGAGAUGCAGAAGCGCGUCCUGCGCAAGAUGGACCUGCGGCUUAUUCCUAUGCUUGCGCUGCUCUAUCUGCUUGCGUUCUUGGAUCGCGGGAAUAUCGGCAAUGCGAAAAUUGAGGGCAUGUUGGAUGAUUUGCAUAUGUCGGGGCGGGAGUAUAAUUGGUGCUUGACGGUCUUCUUCUUCACCUAUGUUGCCUUUGAGUUACCGAGUAACCUGCUGCUGAAGAAGCUGAGGCCUUCGCGGCUGCUGCCCUUGUUGAUGGUCGCCUGGGGCAUUGUCAUGACCCUGAUGGGCAUAGUCCAGAACUACCACGGCCUCCUGAUCGCGCGUCUCUUCCUCGGCGUCGCAGAGGCCGGCCUCUAUCCCGGAAUCGCAUACUACAUCACCCUCUGGUACCCGCGCCACCUGGCUCAAUACCGCCAGGCCAUGUUCUUCAGCGCCGCGAGUAUUGCCGGUGCUUUUUCCGGUAUCCUUGCAUGGGCCAUCGCUAAAAUGGACGGCGUCGGUAACUACGCCGGCUGGCGCUGGAUCUUCAUCCUCGAGGGUAUCCUCACCGUCCUCGUCGGUGUCGUCGCGCCCUUCUUCAUGUACGAUUUCCCCGAGACGGCCAAAUUCCUCACCGAGGAAGAGCGUCAAUACGUCAUCCACUCGCUGCGCUCGCAAACAGCCGGUCACGACCUGGCCCGUGAAGGCGUUGUCGAGGAACAGGCCAAGUUCCGUAUGAAGUAUGUCCUCGACGCGUUGACAGAUUGGCAGAUCUAUGUUGGGCUUUUCAUGUACUGGGGCAUAACCUGCCCGCUCUACGGAAUCUCCUUCUUCCUCCCCUCAAUUAUCAAAGACCUCGGGUACACCUCCUCAACAGCCCAGCUCCUCACAGUCCCCAUCUACAUCACGGCGGCUGUCGUGGCCGUCGGUGGAGCCUGGCUUUCAGACAGAUAUAAGAAGCGCUCGCCGUUUAUUCUGUUUUUCAUGUCGCUUAUCGCCAUUGGGUUUGUUAUUGUGCUCGCCUCGACGGAUCGCGGGGUUCCGGGGGUUGUGUAUUUUGGGGUUUUUGUUGCUGUUGUUGGCAUCUACCCCGCCUUCCCCGGAAACGUCACCUGGAUCAGCGUCAACCUCGCGGGCGACUACAAGCGCGCAGCCGGAAUGGCGCUGCAUAUUGGGCUGGGCAAUUUGGCUGGCGCAAUGGCCUCCAACUUCUACCGCGCGCAAGACGCACCAAAAUACACGCUCGGCCACGCGCUGGAACUCGGGUUCUGCGUCACGGGCAUCGCUGCCGUGCUUAUUCUGCGGUUCUCGUAUCGGCGGAUUAAUAAGAAGAGGGACCAGAUUGAUGUCUCGCGCUAUGACUCGUAUGAGAUGGCCAAGAUGGGGGAUCGGUCGCCGAUGUUUAGGUAUAUGCUCUGA